AUGCCACCCUCGAACGGUGUGAGCGACAGCACAUCUGCCUACUGCGAGCAACCUUUUCGAACCGAAACAAUCUCCAAGCCGCAAUACCACGACGCUCUCUAUUAUAAGUUUCUUCCUCGCACUUUCGACCCAAUAAUUGUCCUGGAGCUACCUAUGGAGAAUGAAAGGUUUUCGGACCCCCACGAGGCCAUCAUUUUUGCCCGCGAAAAUUCGACAUUCUACAAGCGUCUAUAUCAGUCUGUCCCUGACGAAGAGCCGGCUCUGGAGGACGUGCCAGUUAUCUAUCCCGACGACUACUGGGAAUCUGCAAAUAAUGAUCUUUCCAGCGUGAUGACCGGUCCAUUUACGAAUGGGAAGACUUACUGCACGAGCGGACCUAGCGACAAACUCGAGAUUGUCCAUCUGUCAAAAGAAGAGGGAUUCGAGAUCUCCAGAACCAGGUGUAACUUGUGGGCGAGAACCCUGAAUUUCGAUAAAGCAAAGCGUAUCGCGUAUAUCAUGAGCCCUCACGACAUUCGCAUCAGCUUUUGGGAUACACUCAACAUAUCCAGCGGAAUGCUCCUCCCAAAAGAUGCAAUCCAACUGUUUAUAUCAAACGAAAAGAUGCCAAGUAAGAUCGCAGAAGAAGUCGAAAGAUUCCAACCCUAUCUUUUAUUCGGGUCGCUCCCCGACAUGUUUCGACUUAGCGAGUACCUCGUAGAAAGUCAUAUCGCACUACCGUCGGUGCGCACCAUACUUUACCAGGGAAAGACCGUGCCUAAACAUAUCAACAUAUCAUUGCAUGCUGGAUUCCCGAAUGCUAGGCUGUACGCUCCGCUUUACGACAAACCUCAGAUCGGCCCCUUGGCGACACCAGGUCCCAUUUCAACCGGGAAGAAUCUCGAUAUCGACCCGAUAUACAGGGUGUCCAGUUGUGUUGCGGUUUUGGAAAUAGUGGCAGACGACGGCGUCGCCAUCAAAGAACCCGGCAUCAAAGGGAACGUUGUCAUCACGCAUCUCGUACGCCGUCUGCAGCCCCUUAUCCGAUUCCCUGUAGGUGACGUUGCCGAGUGGCUAGACUACAACGCCCGAAUCUUCAGGUACUGCAGCCAGGCGCCGACAAAGAUCAAGAUUGCCAACACCACACUGGAUUGCUCGACUCUCAAGGAUAUCAUCCGCGGCGUCACGGAGACCGACGUCAGCGGGCGAUUCCAGUGCGUCCUGCGCGUGCAAGACGGCCGCCAGAAGCUCGUUCUGCGCCUCGCGUAUCCGAAGCCGCAAGAAGCCGGGGAAAUACGCCAUAAGAUCGAAAAGGCGCUGUGGAAUACGUCUUCGUCGUGGAAAAGCGAUCGUCAGGCGGACGUUAUCUUGAACCUUCGCUUGGAGUGGGUUGAUAGUGGUCAAUUGACCUGCGAUUGGGAGACUGGAGAAAUACUGGAAGUGGUGGAUGAGCGCUCCUGA